AUGAAUCUCAAGACAGGAGAUCUCACAAAUCUAGUAGUACAAGGGUACCCUCCAUCUCAUAGGACAAUCCUUGCUUUCAUUGCAGGUCAUUUGGAUGGUAACAUAAGAUACUUACUACUCAAUACAUGGAAAAACAAAGACGGAGAUGUCAAAGAUUCUUAUCACACAAAGCUUAGAAGCAGCAAGUUUUGUUUGUGUCUUAGCGAGGUGGCUAGUCCGAGAAUUGUGGAAGCUAUAUUUGCAGAAUGUGUGCCUAUGUUGAUUUCUGAUAGCUAUGUUCCACCUUUUAGUGAUGUUUUGAAUUGGAAAUUGUUUUCGGUUCAAAUAGAUGUGAAGGAAAUUCCUAAUAUUAAGAAGAUACUCAUGGGAAUUUCAGAGAGACAGUACUUGAAAAUGCAGAGGAGAGUGAAACAAGUUCAAAGGCAUUUUGUUCCUCAUGAGCCACCAAAGAGGUUCGAUGUUUUUCAUAUGACUAUUCAUUCUAUUUGGCUUAGAAGGUUGAACAUCCGUAUUCGUGAUGAUGUUCAAUGA